AUUAACCCUGACUCGCAGUUCCAUUCCUGGUACAAAAUGCCUAUACUGCCACGAGGAGUAACCGAGUACUCGCAUCCACAACAACGAUCAUCCAUUACGCCAAAUCACUUCUGUAUUGACAUUCAUCGCCCGCAGGUGAUACCUGCUGUUGAGCAUCAUAGCCAUCAGCUCUUUCAUUGCCCACAAAAUGGCCGCUAUCACGAGCGCCAUAGGCCGGUCAGGCCGUCGCUAUGUUGUCGAAAAGAUCCUCCAAGAAUCACGCGGACCAUAUGGACCUGUAUACCUUGCGUCUGCCGACAACAAACGGUAUGUCUUGAAAGACGUAGGGUCGCAGGCUUUCAAGCAUCUCGACCACAUGUAUAAUGAUUUUCGCGCCUCAACAUAUGUCCGCGUUGCAGAGGAUGCGAUUCCCGAUCAUACCAUGUUUGCGUUUCGGUACUUCAAAGAUCAUCUCCUCAGCUUCGCUGGGAAGGCUGUGCCUGAAUCGCAGGUCAAGCGGAUCUUGCGCGAUUCGCUGCGUGGGCUGGCGGCCAUGCACGAGAAGCGCUUCGUGCAUGGAGACGUUAAGCCUAACAACAUCGUCAUCGACUAUGACGGUGAAGGAGGAGAGGGAGGCAAAUGCACUGUUACCCAAGUCCAGUUAGCCGACAUUGAAGACGCUGCAUAUGUGCCUGAAGGUAAAGCGAUUGAAGGAUGGACAGCGGGAAAUUGGAUGUGGCGUAGUCCAGAGGCGCAUGCGGCACGGAAGCUCUGCGAAGAGAGCGACAUGUUUUCGUUCGGGCUCGUGUGCAUCUAUGCCAUGACAAGGCGCAUCCUCAUGGCAGUCGACGACAAGGAGCUCUUCGUAACGCACGAAGGUCAAAAGGUCGAGAUUGAAAAGCUGGCGGUGGUGAUCGAGCGGCAAAUGUCGUACUUUGCUCCGGAUUUGGACAGCAUCGAAGGAUUCAUGGCUUAUUUGGGAGGAGACCAUCCUUGGGCGCCAAUCUUCACAGUGACGGUCGAAGGAUUCGGCAAAGACAACCCGAGGAAGCCGUUGACUCUCUGGACCGGGAUCGAGGAGGACUUCAGAGAUCUGCUCGCGAAACUAACCGAUUUGAACCCCUUGAACCGGAUUGGAUCCAAGGAGGCGCUGGAGCAUCCAUGGUGGAAGGAUGUUCCAGAUGACUGAAGGAUCUCGACUGAGCUCAACGAUGGCAUGUGAAGGCGUAUGUGGCUGGACAGCUUGUAAGGCGCAAUGGACGUGGCUGUAAAUGUAUGAUACCCAUUCCCUACUCAAUAUUCUCAGAAAAAAGGCGUACAAGAAGACUCUUCGGCAAAAUGAGCGGUACCAACGCUGCAUCACCGGUUUGGUGUGCGUCUGGCACGAAAUGGCCAGUGGCAUGUCACUUGCAGAAGCGUUCAAUAUAUUUUCCACUCUCC